AGUAGAAGCUGGAAGAACAUGGCGGCCCGCACACGGCUGCCCUUGCUGUUUCCCAAAAACCUGCCUCCAUUCAGACACCGACAAUUCGUCCACACUGAGGUUGAGGUCAAGGAGCCGCAGUAUCCCCCAAUCGUCCCUUCUCGCACGGCAAAAAGCAAAUCGGCGCUGCUGCGGCAGGUUCAGGAGCAUGUGCAAAAGAUAUGCGCCUCCCCGGUGGACGAGAAGCUCUCCCUCAUCACUCGUAUCCAGCGGAAGAAAUUCAUGGUUUACCCUCAGACUUUCGCCCGGAACGCAGACAGAUGGUACCAGCACUUCACCAAGACCGCCUACAUCCCGGGUCUGCCCGAGAAAUUCACGCAGGCCCCGGCGAAGACCACUGGCAUGGAUGAGUCGCCGCCGGCCGCAGCUCAGACCACAAGCGUACUGGAGAUCGACGAUGAUGCGUUCAGGGACAUCCGCUCACUGGUCACUCGUGUUAUUUUACAGGAGCACUGGCACAUGAAUCAACGCAAAACUUUCUUGUUCCGACAGCAGGAGAUGGUAGUCGCACCCUUCCUGAGAAACCUGGUGACUGAACUCACCCACAGUCUGUCCAGAUUUAACCCACUGCUUCGGCUGUGCAGUCUAGAUAUUAAUCCCCAAGUUAACUUUUAUUGGAGGAGAGGACAGAGAAUCAUCCCAAAAGGACACCGGAAAGGUCGACAAGAGCCUAUCAGGUUCCAGAUUGAUGACAAGCCGAACAGUCAGAUUAGGAUCACUCAGCAACUUCCACAGUUUACUCCAAUGGAGGCCUCAUACGCAGCUGAAGUUCCAGAGAUCACGUUAGCUCCAAACCUGAUGCCCAUGUUCAGACGACAGUAUGACAACAACAUCUUCACAGGUGCUAAACUACCAGACCCAGCAUGCUAUGGUCACACUCAGUUCCACCUGGUUCCUGACCAGUAUCAAAGGGACCGGAUGGCUCGGCGGCAGCAGUCGGACCAGGUGGAGGUUUUCCUCAGAGCCAACGCACUCGCCAGCCUCUUUGCGUGGACAGGAGCUCAGGCCAUGUACCAGGGUUUCUGGACUUUUGAGGAUGUCACCAGGCCUUUCGCGUCCCAGGCUGUGAUCACCGACGGCCACUUCUUCUCCUUCUUCUGCUACCAGCUCAACACAGUCGCUCUCUCUGUAGAAACGGACACCAACAACCCCAGGAAAAACCUCCUGUGGGGCACAGAGAGCCUGCGACUGUACGACAAAGUGCAGGACGGUGAGGUGGUGGGUCUGAAUGACGACGUCAUCAAGCUUCUGGUCAGUUUCCUCAUGAACCAGCCAUAGACUUCCUGUCCUCUCUUGCAAUUGCUUGACCGUCUACCGAUGGGAAAUGUGUCUUUUGUCAAAGCAUUGGAAGACGUUGGUGGAGAUGGUUUAUUCAUUUGCUUGUCUGUUUGCAAUUCAA